CCCCCCCCCCCCACACCUCAAAAAUGUCUGAGAAUAGAGCCCCGGAUGACUGGAAUAGUUUCCACAAUGCAGGGUAACGUUGCAUUCAGUGGAUCUGCAUGUAGCGCUGGACAACACUGAGGUGAAAAUACAGAGACCGGAGAUAUUACAAAUCUGUCUGUUGACGGUGGAAAAAGAUCAUUAGAAUAGAAGUGUCAUUUCAGUUGAAUGUUGCCGUAUGUGAUCUGAAAUCUGAACCAUAACCAGGUCUGAAACAACACUACACAAAAGCAGGAUACGUAGCUGAUUGGUCAGGAGCGUAGAGAAGGUGGAGUUUACAACAUGAUAUAUUCACUUUGGUAUAAAUAGGAUCCUGGGAAGGAUUUUCUUGCAAGCAAAGGGAUGACUAAUAAGUCAGACAACAACUUUCUGCUUAUUGGAGUUUGUAAGUAACAUUUAUAAAAAAGCAUGAGAUUUUGUUUUUUAUGUAUUGUAGAACAUUGCAAUCUUUAUCAACCCACCCUCUAUCAAAACUACUUUUUUUUCUAUUUUCUAGACGCCCAAUCACUCAACGGCAAAUACCAAUAUGGAGAUGUCGAGUACAACCCUCCUCCCGGCGGUGGGCCUCGGCUCGAUGGCCCGCUCGGCGGGUCUUGCGGAGAUCGCUGUGCGGCUCUGCUUGAACCAACGCAGGCAACUGUGUCCUCAUGUGUGGGUUCCCAUUCUGAAGCCCCAGCGCCCCUGCAUCCGUCCUUCGCUUCCAGAUCGGCCGUGUUCGGACAUCCUUGCCCCCGCCUAUCCGACCCACGCUCUCCCACCUCCCUUCGAUGACUUGUACGACGAUGAUGACGAUGUUCGGCUCCCAAUCGGGAACAGACGCGUUGUUUUCGCUGACUGGCGGGGGCUGCCCCUGACCGCCGUGCGGGUGUUUUCUGAUGAGGAGGAGCGGUGUGACCUCGACCCGCUGCCGUCGCUGCAGGGUUUGGGGAGCAUGACGGAGGAAGGCUACAGCUGCACCGUCAGCACCUGCUGCCCAGGAACGCGGCUCAAACUGGGCUUCCUGCAGCCUUCCGCUGACUUCCAGGCCUUUCGCGCCAAGCUGGCAGAGAGCAUGGUCAUCCUGGAGAAGUGCAGUGUUACCGAGCAGGCCCUCCGUGGUACCGUGCGAGUCAGGAAUAUCUGUUUUCAGAAGGAAGUCCAAGUACGCAUCACGUUUGACUCGUGGCAGAGCUGCAGGGACGUGCCCUGCGCGCACCUGCAGGAGCGCUUCGGAGGGCCUCAGACGGACAUCUUUGAAUUUGAAUUGGCCUUCCCUAAAGUGCUAGAUGCCAAAAGGAGGAUCGAAUUCUGUUUACGUUAUUUGCCGGGAGGCCACAGCGAGCCUUUUUGGGACAAUAACGGCGGCCGGAACUACAGCGUUGAUGUGUGCGUCACCUCACAUCUCUGUUGCAGGAAGAAUCCGAGUGAAAGGGCAUGA